AUGACUAGCUCGACUACGAGGGUGGCCAGCAGGUCGUGCGGCCGCGGCAGCGGCAGCGACGAUGAGCCGGCGGUGCGCAAGGGGCCGUGGACGCUGGAGGAGGACCUCACCCUCGUCAGCUACAUCUCCCAGCACGGGGAGGGCUCCUGGGACAACCUCGCGCGCGCAGCUGGCCUGAACCGGAACGGCAAGAGCUGCAGGCUGCGGUGGCUCAACUACCUUCGGCCGGGGGUGCGGCGCGGCAGCAUCACGGCGGGGGAGGACACGGUGAUCCGGGAGCUCCACGCGAGGUGGGGGAACAAGUGGUCCAAGAUCUCCAAGCACCUCCCCGGCAGGACCGACAACGAGAUCAAGAACUACUGGAGGACCAGGAUCCAGAAGAAGAAGCCGCAGGCAGCCAAGCCGACGACGUCGACGCAGCAGCAGGAGCCGUCGACGACCGUCAGCUCCGGCACCAGCUCCGGCGCCGCCGGGGACUACUACUGGUGCACCAAGCCCGACUCCGAUCUUCAGCAACAGCAAGCGUACUACUGCCAGAAAGCCGCCAUGGCGGCAGCUGCGACGACGAACGCGGUCGUCGUCAGCAGCGAGGGCGCGACGUCGCCGGCGGCGCUGACGAGCCAGGACAGCUCCACGGCGGCCGGAGACUGGUACACGUAUCAGCAGACCACCUACCCCUACUGCUCCGAGCUGAGCUUGGUCGCCGGCAGCCACGGUGAAGCGGCCGGUCUGGACGCUCUGACGAUGCAGUUCUUGUCGUCGCACUUCACUGCCAGCUUUUGGACCAAUGGUGUGGACGAUUUCUGGGAGACCAAACCGAUUACGGAUGCAUUCUGA